ACUCGUCAGCUGGGAACCGAGAAGUGGGGCAACGUUCAUCCACCGGCGGUGAUUAUGUCAUGCAGCACAGCCUCCCGCUCAACCUUUCACCCACUUCCUCUCCCCUCUCGCACUGACAGCCGGCAUUUGUGUUGACGGACGCGUCGCUCGCUGACUAGAGGAAACGUUGUCAAAGUGUCACAGAGUUGGUGGCUCUUUCUGAUCUGGAGACAUAGUUGCCUGGAGGUAACGAUUCAGAAAUGUGGAUGAGUACAUUUGCACGUUUCGCCCUGCCCGCCCUGCAGAGGAGCACCUCUGCCAUGGCCUGCCAGGCUCUCAGGGCUUGUCGUAGACCAGGGCAGGCUGCAGGCCUGCUACCCUCUUGUCUGACUUCAGUGCAGCUUCGUGGGCAUCAGACACUGGGGUCGGCCUCCCUCCCUGUGGCUUGCCAGUCAGUGAGGCACGUCCGGGCUCUGGAUGAGGAGAGGCUGAUGGAGGUGGAGUGGGAGGAUGGAGGCCACAGUCUGUACCCAUUCACCUGGCUGAGAGACAACUGCCAGUGUCCGCAGUGUACCCUGCAGUCAGCCCAGGCCCGGAAACUGUUGAUGUCUGAUCUUGAUAUCCACACAGGAGUCGACGUCGUGGAGGUUACCAAUGACAACAAGGUGUCCAUCGUGUGGCCCGACCAGCACACCAGUGUGUUUGAUGCAGAGUGGCUGAAGAAACGCUGUUUCUCUCCUGCUGCCAGACAAGCAAUGCAAGAAGAGCUUUUUCUAAAUAAGCGUUAUUACUGGGACUCCAAACUGCGCAUUCCCACUGCUGACUACCAAGAAGUCCUCCACGACGAUAAGGCAGCGCUGGCCUGGCUCUUGGCGCUGCGCCGCGUUGGCAUCGUCUACCUUAAGGGGGCUCCGGCAGAGCAAGGCCAAGUGGCCAGGCUUGCUGAGAGGAUUGGCUAUCUCAGGCUGACAUUCUAUGGGCACACAUGGCAGGUCCAGGACAAAUACAUGGCAAACAAUGUGGCCUACACUUCAGGAAGGCUUAGUCACCAUACAGACUAUCCUGCAUUACACUUCGCACCUGGAGUGCAGUUCCUGCACUGCAUCAACCAGGCCGUGGAGGGAGGGGAGAGCGAGGUGGUGGACGGCUUCCACAUGGCCGAGCAGCUGCAGAGAGAAGACCCAGAGGCCUUCAGGACACUCACCUCACUCCUGGUGGACUUCACCGACACGGGGAUGGACUACUGCGACUUCAUGCUGCAGUCGAAGAAAUGCAUCAUCGACGUUGAUGUCGAGGGCCGAGUUGCGAGGAUAAACUACAACAACGCCACCAGAGAUUCGGUGCUGGACCUCCCCUUACAUCAGGUUCAGCCCUUCUACAGAGCAUUGAAGGCCUUUGUGGAGAUAAUGAACCGACCAGAGAACGUGGUGACCUACAGAAUGGAGCCCGGUGACCUAGUGACCUUUGAUAACUGGCGUCUGCUGCACGGACGGAAGAGCUACGUUAGCAGGCCGGACAGGUUGCGACAUCUGGAGGGCGCCUACCUUGACUGGGACGAAGUCAUGUCUCGCCUCCGGAUACUCCGUAGCUCUGUCCAAGAGGACAUGUGAGUUCCAGAAACGGAGCCAAAUUUGAAAAAGGUAGCUUUACAGCCUUUGCAGAGAAUCUAAACAAUGUCAGGUGGCUUAAAUGUUGUUCUUAAAACGCUGAGAUGCCGGAGGGCAAAGUGCAAAGAUGCUAAAAUAUCUGACAACAGGUCAAGAGCUAAAUCUCUGACUCUGAAUUAGUCAAGCAACAAAUCAUAACUCAAACAAAUUGAUGAUUUACACAGCGAUUUAGAGUUAGGAUGCUUUUCUUUAAGCUUAAAUGAUGACUGCAACUUGUAAAACAUUUAACAGUGCAACACUGCAAUGCAAAGAUCGAGAAGAACACCUUAUAUUCAGAUUUAGAGGUGCUUUUGGAUCGAUUAGUCAUAGUGACUAGUGAAAAAUAUGUUUUUGUAAGUUUAAAAUUUAACUAUGAGGUUUUAUACAUUGUCCUGGGUCCUCCACAUUAUCAUUAUGAUAUUGAAUAAUUUAUACGUUUUCUAAGCUAACUUAUCAUUCCUGGUUCUCUGGUUAAAUAUUUGGACAUGUCAGACAUCUCGGCUGCUUCCGAAGUCACUCCAGAUUUACUGUAUGCACCAUUAUAUCUACUAUCCGCCAUUUUGUCUGAGGUGAAGCCUCAAUUUAUUGCUCAUUAAACUGUUGGGUAACAAUUGAAUACUUUAUGUGGGUGAGCUUUGGACGAGGGAGUGAUUUCAGACACAGCCUGAUGUAAACGGUGUCACAACACUUUUCUUCUUACCGCCUGCGAAAGUGUCUUGGUGCCUCCUGUGCUAUGUUAUGUCCUUGACUUUCCCUUCAGUCUGUAGAGUUGCACUCUGAAUUCAAAAUUGCCUUAAACUACCGUACAGUUGCUGUACUAGAUGUGGCAUUAUGAAGUAAAUUUAAUUAUAUAUUUCAAGCGUCAGUUGAGCCAAAUUACGUUAUGUACUUUUCUACUUAACUGGAGUAGCAUCUGGCCAAACACAAGGAUUUGAUUUCAUCUGUCAGAAGUAAAACCACACAUUUUCCUGAUUUUGUUAUUUCUAAAUGAACUGCAGGAGGAGUUAUUCUGUUGACGAAAAUGACUCUGCUUUUUAAGAUAAAUAAACCAUGUAAAAACA